AUGUGCCGGCAGAUUCACAAAUGGGACAGCGGCGCUAGGGUUAGUUGGCGAAGGCAGAAGUCAGAAAAACGUUUUUGGGGCGGUCAAGGACGUUUUGAUAUCAAAAAGAAUAAGAGGUCAAAGAUCUAACUGCAGGAAGCGUCGAAGAAGAAGAAGAUCGCGCUGCCUCCGGGACUCGCAAAGGGGAUGGCGGCCGAGUUUGCCCCGAUCGCCUCAACGAUCUACCAAUGCAUGGACCUCCCGUGUCUGUGCUCCUACCUCAGAGGAACGGCGACGGCGAACGGAGGAUGCACUCUUCCGAACGGACAACCGCUCCAGAAGUCGGUCAGAAAAGAGUACAGAAUGCUGACGGACGAUGAGCGGAACAGACUGCACGCAGCGUUCAGAGGACUCAAGAAUGUAGCCUUUCGAGUGUCCGUUCGCAGUUAUUCCCCUGCUUUCAGAACGGAGAAUACGACCGAAUCGGCCGCAUCCACUCCCAGAUGUCGGCUGCCGGAGGUGCUCACUCUGGCCCCGCCUUCCUUCCCUGGCACAGAGAAUUCGUGAAACGGGUCGAGUUCGCUCUUCGACAGGUUGAUCCUUCAGUCACCCUCCCGUACUGGGAUUCCACUUUGGACAGUAACCUCCCGAAACCGGCAGAUACCAUCAUGUUCAGGUCUGUUCGCGCAUUCAGAAUCCUUCAGAGCGUGUCAACGUUUCCAGUGAGUACCUCGUCGGUGGAUCGAACGCUCAAGGCCUCGUCUCUUCGGGACCAUUCGUUAACUGGCAGACUCUCUCGGGAAGAGCACAAAUCCAGAGAGCCGUCGGAGCACAGGGAUCGCCACUUUCACAGACCGACAUUGACUUUGUGAUGCGGCAGACUCAAAUAGAUCAAGUGCUCGCUUUCACUGCUCCUCAACAGGGAUGUCCGUACCGAACGGACUUCAACUGCCUCGAGUACACCCACGGGAACGUGCACAUUUUCGUCGGAGGAGAUAUGUUCGACACGGCCACCUCCUCUAAUGACCCCAGUUUCUUCCUGCAUCACUGUUUUAUCGACUUGAUCUGGGAACAGUGGAGACUGGCCAGGCAAUCCCGCGCCGACCGAGAGAUCGCCUUCCCACCAGACAAUCAGUUAUGCGCUUCUCCUCAACAUUUCGGUGCCUCUCCGAUGCAGCCGUUCAGUCCGAUGAGGUGGAAACACAGAAUACACACACAGAAAAAGAACAAGUAUAUUGCAGAAAUAUCGAUGGGCUCUCCAAUAAAUUCACAGACAACCUGUACAGUUAUGCUCCUCGGCCAACGUGCACAGCCGGCGGAGACUGUGGCUCCAAGUGAGUUCUUCGGCCGAACUCUCCAAUUUCUUAGCCUGUUUUCCUUCCAGAUUCCUCUUCUGUGACUCUUCCACCGGUGCUCCUCGUUGCGUUUCCCGCAUCAAACCCGGCUCCUCCUGUGCUCAAUUCCGCACGAAUCCGUGUUACGGUGGAGUCUGCCAGAACGGACUGUGUGUUCUUUCCGUACGAAAAAGAAUCCGCCCUUUCUCCCAUCUCAAUCCAUCCUUUUCAGAGCACUGCGCCUCCUCCGACGCCUCCUCCGAUCACUCCUCCUCCGGCCAAUCCGACCCCGGUUCAGUCCCAAGAGUCCUGUUUCAACGAGAAUCAGUGCUGUGCUCAGUGGGCGGCAUCGGGAGAAUGCUCUCGGAACACGGCCUACAUGAACGAAUGGUGCAAGGCCAGUUGCGGUGUGUGCAAGCCCAAAUACCGUUUGAUCGAUGGUAAUUUGAAAAGACUCAAAAGAUUCUCCACACAUCGUUCGUUUUCAGAUUGCACCGACCGUCACAACCAGUGUGCGAGCUGGUCUCGUUCCGGAGAAUGCACGAAGAACCAGUUGUGGAUGACUGAAAAUUGCAGAAAGAGCUGCAACAAGUGCGGAAAAACGAGGGCGCAGGAGUGCGGCGGCGGCGGCGGAACGACGGUCACGACGACGACCAUUGCUCCGGCUCAGCAGUGCGAAAACUCGGACGGCUGCUACAAUGAGAACGUGUGCUGCGCCGUGUGGGGACUGAUGGGCGAGUGCCGGAACAACGCCGGCUACAUGGCAUGCAACUGCCGGGUCUCUUGUGGACACUGCUAUCCCGAAGACUACAACUACGGAUGUGAGCGCCCGCAGUUCUUCCAGGCCCCAAUUCCAAUCUGUUUUUUCCAGCUUGCGUCGACUACCACAGAUCUUGUGCCGGCUGGGCCCGCGUCGGCGAGUGCCAGAAGAAUCCUUGGAUGUCCGAGAACUGCCGACAGAGUUGCAGCACGUGCUACACCCAGUCCGAACUGAGGAGAAUGUGCGGAAACAGAGCCGGAUCGGUGGCUCCAGUCGCUCAAAUCCGUCAGAACACUCCAUCUAGACAACCGCCCAGUGGGGGAUGGGGGAGAGAUAACGAUUUCGGAGGCGGAUGGGGCGGAAACGGAGGCAACGGAGGAUGGGGAGGCGGAGAUCCGUGGGGAGGAUCGAGAUGGGGCGGCGGCGGCGGCGGCGGUGGAUGGGGAGGUGGCGGAGGAUGGGGCGGAGGCGGAUGGGGAAAACGAUCCAUCCGCGCCGCGAACGCGUCGAUUGCCAUGCCUUCUUUUGAUCCCGAUGAUCUGUAA